AUGAAAGAACGAAAAGCUGGCAUUUUGGUGCUUUUGGUAACAUAUUUGUUGGUGUUCGCAUGUGUUUUCGGUUUAGUUAGGCUUUAUAGCGACGCCUCGGGCUUUUAUUAUUGGUCUUUAAUAGUACUCUGCCCGACCCUACUCUGGGUUUGGGCAGUUACGUCCUGGGGUGGAACUCAGGUUUUCGCCAAUGCGAAGAGAGAAUGA